CUUCUUCUCCGUCCGCCUCAUUCUCCUCGCCUUCCCUGUAUCCUUCCUCACACAGUUCCUGUCACUCUCCGCCAUUGCUCAGCAUUGUUGGCACUGCACCAAAAAAACUGAUCCCCCACCUGACACGUGUGGCAUCUACCUCUGCACAUUCCCAAUGAUUCAUGCUGAUCGCGUGCUGCCACUAGCCAAUCUCUCUUCCUCCUCCUGGUCGCCCUCCUAUCGGCCGUCCAGCUUCUGUGCCCGAGACCAGUUAGAAAGUCUCAUUGCCAGACACGGUCACCCCACCCGCGUUUCGUUGUCAUCGCUCCAGGAGUUAACCGCAACCUCAUCUACUACAUAUAAUCCUCCUUCCCCCGACUCGUCGAGCUCAGACACAACAGACUCCCUCGAGACCCUCACUCUCACUCAGUCAACCUCCCGGCCUAUUCCCAUCCCCAAGCCGUCUCCCUCCCUCCGCGAUAAAGACUUUCCCGUCACCCCUCUAACAGGGCGUUUUGAUAAAGGCUAUUAUUUUGCCCAUCGUGACCACACCCCCGAGGGGCAGCGAGAAAGGGAAUUCCAUCGCAAGACCAGUCGAUCUGGUCAUCACCACCCUCAUCGUUCACCCUCGUCCAGAAUGCGUUCUGACAGCUCAACUUUCUACCCGUCCGCCAUCUCCCCCGCCAUGUCUCCAGCUGGACGUCCCUCCUCCCCGCAGCCCUCUCGCUCGCAGGGACAAAGCACCUCCAAGUCCAUGCCUGCCUUCCACUUAGGAAGCUUGCCACGAUUCCAUCCUGCAGUCUAUCAGUCUUCCGGCAGCACUCAGGCACAGCCGUCUUCACCACGCCAGCCUCGACAGCAUGGGUAUCGCACGUCUUCUGGCUCCCGUGAUGGAAUGUGGCAGUAUCGAGACUUUGUGGAUGGGGCUGCCCUGCCCAAGACUCCUGGAACCUUAUCGCCGGGCCCAUCCGCUCCGCGACUUGACCCUCUUCGCAGCCCUGGCCCGGUAACCCCGCUGGCGCUGGAAGAGGCCAGUGGUUAUCUGACCUCGGGCCCCUCUAGCUCCUCCGACUUCUCCUCUCGAGAACACUCUGGGCCGGCCCCAGAUAUGGUGGACAGGCUAAUCGCUCGGGAGACCGAACGCAACCGACAGAAAGCCAUGAAGCCCCUCAAAGGCUUCUAGAGCUGUCGUCCAGCCGUCCAUCCAUCCACCCACAGCGGCAACCGUCCUCUUGCAUCUGGUUGUCAGCAAAGUUAUGUACUAGGACAUGACUCAGACCUCGGACUUCGGACUCCGGGUCACAUGGAGUGCCAUCG